AUGGAGAGUACCAGAAACCAGGCCACACCAGUCUCUGAGGACACAUCAGCACCCAAGGCCCAAGUAAAAAGUGUCCCUUUUGUGCUGCAAACCUCUCCUGGUGUCAGGCAACAGCAUGUCAACGAUGCUCCUUCUACAGGAUCUUUUCCUAACUGGAGAUCUAUCCUAUCACCAACACGGCCUUCCACAGAAACCAAGUCCCCCUCAAUAGCUGAUCUUUCCCUGGGACAGACUUUGGAGAACGCAGACUUGCUUCAGAUGAUCAGGACAACGCUGACUGGUGCCCGUGCCAGGACUUUGGAUCAGAUGCACCUGUCGCCCUCCCUGUACCAGGGCAGUGGGAGCAGUGCGCCCCAGGAACCCGCUGAGGUCUCGGCCGAGUCGCCUCUGAGGCCGUCGUCUCACGAUGCAGAUGACACAGCUGCUCUAACAGUGUUAUCUGGAGUAUCUUCUGGUGCAAUACCUACAGUAGAAACUUCAGAAGCAAAACCACUAACAAGAAAAUCAUCUCCAGCUUCAACAGUGCCAGCUUCUUCCUUCUUUUCUCUAGGCACUGAAAACACCCCUUUGCCAUCUGUGAUGGCUUUAAGCACACCGAUCCUGACACUAACAAAAAAUAACACUGCCACAAAACUGGCACCGGAUCCGAGCUCAGUAGGAACACAGGCAGAUUUUCCUUUUGCAACAAGAAAUGUGACUGCAUCACCUCUGGACAUGCCAGCUCUGCUCAUAACCCCCAAGAGCAGCACGGCCACAGCUUCCACACUCGCACCCACAGCCCACGUACCAAGGCAGAUAGAAACAACAGUAACUGACACUCAGAAGUUCCCGAGCUCAGACAUCACCAAAAGGCCAACCCCAUCCCCACUGACAAUGACAGCAGCUUUGACAUCUAUUACAGCAUCAGCGAAAACAACUAGGCUCCCCCCUCCUGCCGUGGAACUCAGCCCUGCUCCUCCCGGCACCACGGCAGCCGCCGCUUUCGCUAACAUGACGGCAGCUCCCUCCCUGGAUUGCCGGCUCUCUGCCAACAUGAUGGUGAAAACAGUUCUCUUUCUGAACACAAGGAGGAUGAUGAUCAGCAAUGCCUUCAGGGAGAGUGUGAGAAAAGGCCUCAACCAAGUGCUGAGACAAGCUUUCAACCAGAAUGUCAGUGCUCAGGUUGAAAUCCUGGAGCAGUCGAGUAACCUGACCGUGGGUUACUAUGUCACACGAGGCAGGCUGGUUUUCACGCCGGCUGCCGUCGCCGAGAAGCUGCUGGCCUACGGCCUGGCCAACGCCACGGCCGACAUGAAGCAGCACGUGCCACACCUGCAGGCCCUGGUGGCCCUGGCCCUGCCCUGGCAGCCCCUGCCCGCCUACCACUUCCAGCUGAAGACAGAGCUGCAGUUUGUGGGUCAAACAGACAACAUUCAGUCGUGCAAAUUUGUUCAGACCAUGGAACAGCGGCUCCAGAGAGCAUUCCAGGAUGCUGAAAGAAAGGUCCUAAACACCAGCAACAACUUAACUGUUCAGAUUUUGAACACCUCCAAUGUCUCCCAAGCUGUCACUCUGUUUUAUGUAGUGAAAAAUCAAAGCACAACUCUAAAUGGCACUAUUUCCAGCAACCUUCUUAAUCAGCUGUCAGCUGAGCUGGUGGGUUUCUACCUCACCUACCCACCUCUCACCAUUGCUGAAUCUUUGGAGUAUCCAAACCUUGAUGUCUCGGAAUCAACUAGAGACUACUGGGUGAUAACAGUGAUCCAAGGGGUGGAUAUUGCUUUGCUGGGGCUCAACAACCAGAGCUUUGCCAGGCUGAUGGAGCAGCGCUUGGCCCCGCUGUUCAUGAUGUCCCACCAGCAGGGAAGGCGCUUCAGACGUGCCACCACCGUGGGCAGCUACACUGUGCAGAUGGUCAAAAUUCAACGGAUUCCAGGACCCAAGGAGCCAGCUGAACUGACAUAUUACACUUUAUACAACGGGAAGCCUUUGCUGGGCACUGCAGCUGCCAAAAUUCUGAGUACCGUUGACUCGCAGAGGAUGGCCUUGACCCUGGGCUAUGUCAUCCAAGUUCAAGCUGAUCCUGUGGUGAAGAACCCCCCAAACAACCUGUGGAUCAUUGCAGCCGUGCUGGCUCCCAUCGCGGUGGUCACCGUCAUCAUCAUCAUCAUCACCGCGGUGCUCUGCAGGAAGAACAAGAACGACUUCAAACCAGACACCAUGAUGAACCUGCCUCAGAGAGCCAAGCCAGUGCAAGGCUUUGACUAUGCCAAGCAACACUUGGGCCAGCAGGGAGCUGAGGAUGAGGUUUUACCUGUGACUCAGGAGACUGUCAUCCUUCCACUUCCAGUCAGAGACGCUCCUGCCUCCCAGGAGAGGGAAACAACCCAGGAUGGGAGCACCAUCAAAACUGCCAAAUCCAACGAAACAAGGAAAAGCCGCUCCCCGAGCCAGAACGGCUCCAUCCUCAGCAAUGGGUCGGGAAAGCCCAGCUCCAGCCGGAGCUCCCUGCAGAAAGUGAUGGCACCGCAGAAAGCGGCAAAAGACGAGGGCAGGAAAAGGAACGUGGCCGUGAGUGAUGAAGAGGAAGGAGGGAUUCUCUUUGACAAUGUGGCCAAAUCUGCCGUGGACCCCUUCGACACCUCCUCGGGCUCAGUGCAGCUCAUCGCCAUCAAACCCGUGGCCCUCCCUGCUGUCCAUGCUGCCUCAGAGAGGAGCCAGGAGUCUGCCAUCACCAAUGGGGAGGUGAACAAGGCUUUGAAGCAGAAGUCUGAUAUAGAGCACUACCGCAACAAGCUGCGCCUGAAAGCCAAGAGGAAAGGGUACUAUGAUUUCCCACAGGUUGAUAACAGCAAGGCACUGACAGACAGAAAAAGGAUGUAUGAGAAAAACCAGAAAGAACUUGACCAUAUUUUGGAUCCAGAUGCAGAUGUCUCAUCUCCAUUUGCUGAACCUAAAAACAGGCAGCCCCUGAAGAACUCAGUGUACAGAAGCAGGCAGUCCCUGAACAGUCCCAGCCCAGGGGAAACGGAGAUGGAUCUGCUGGUGACUCGAGAAAGGCCGAGGCGUGGCAUCCGGAACAGUGGAUAUGAUUACUCCGAGGUGGUGACCAGUGCCCCCGGCACCAUGAGCCGGCCGCGGGCGGGCGUGCAGUGGGUGCCCACCUACAGGCCAGAAAUGUACCAGUACAGCUUGCCAAGGCCCGCUUAUAGAUUUUCUCAGCUUCCUGAGAUGGUAAUGGGUUCUCCUCCCCCUCCUGUCCCUCCCAGAACUGGUCCUGUGGCUGUUGCCUCUCUCAGGAGGUCUACAUCAGAUAUUGGCAGCAAAGUGAGAAUACCUGAGUCCAGUGGAGCAGAUCAGGCCCAGCACCAUGACCAGACACCUUUUGCACCGGGUUCCAGAGCUCCCAUGUCUGUCGGUCCACUCGAUCAAUCUGCUUUUCACUCAGGAAAUACGGUACCAGCAGUGUUUGCCAUUCCAGCAAACCGACCUGGCUUCACAGGCUACUUCAUCCCAACUCCUCCCACUGCCUACAGGAACCAAGGCUGGAUGCCCUAUGCUGGAGAGAACGAGUUGCCAGGGCAGUGGGCAGACUCUGUGCCCCUGCCUGGCUACAUCGAGGCUUACCCGAGGCCCCGCUACCAGCACAACUCCCCCUCGAGGCUGCCCAGGCAGUACAGCCAGCAGGGCAGCCUGCACCCCAGCCUGGAGCAGGCCCCGCUGGCCUCCGCCGCCGCCUCCCAGCACAGCCUGGCCGACAACGACCCCUCGGACGCGCCGCUCACCAACAUCUCCACGGCUGCCCUCGUCAAGGCAAUAAGGGAAGAAGUGGCCAAGCUGGCCAAGAAGCAGACAGAUAUGUUUGAGUUCCAGGUCUAAUGUAUCUUCUGUGCACGGUGUUUGUGUCGUGUGACCUGGGGAAGCCAAGAAAGCAGCUUCUUUAGUUUUCGGCAGCAAACUUUCUGUGAAUUGUGCCAAAGCGAUGGCGUUUUAAUCUGUCUGAAAAGUCAACACUAUGAAAUGACUUAAAGCAGAGCAACAGGGCUCUGAAGACAUGAAAUUCCGCUUUCCAGCUAAGGAAAAGCUGCCAGGAAACUGUUUCAUACUGAUGAGAUCAACCAUAUGCAAUUGUUUGUCACUUUGCUCUCGUAUUAUGACCCAUCCUCACUAAAGAUGCUGCUGAACAUGUCUGUGCCACAAGAAGUUCCAUUUACGGGCCCAGAGGCAGAGCUGCUGAAAAUAACUUCUGCAUGCCAAAACUUUGAUAAGAGAAGAAAAAACCUGCAGAACAGGGUUUGCUGGAGGCCACGGCUGGCGUGGCAGUGGCUGUGUUAAUUGUUUGCUGUGGGACAUUGUAUAAGGGGUGCUGAUUUCAGCAAUGCAGAGUCAUUUCAGCCUUUUCAUCCCAGCCACUGUAUUCAAACCAAAAGAAUUCAACACAAUUAAGUAAUACAAAUAAAAGUCCUGUACAUAGCUCAGAGUCUCUUCAUCCUAUUAACAGUGCAAAGAAGUGAAAGAAGAGAGGACUGUAGAGAAGGUGAAUGACAUUUCCAUGAUUGGUGGCUACCUUGUCAUUCAGUGCCACUGAUGAAUUAUGGAGGAGAUUUUUUUUUCAGCGUGAAAGAAUACAAUGCAUGAAGAGCCAGCAAAGGACAUUGGUGCUAAAAGCUUCCCAGAUAAAUGAAAAAAGGUUUUUCCUGUUUGCUCUAUAAUCGGGCUUUUCACUCUGAAUGCAUGUGAAGCUGGUAAACCUGAGACCUUUAAAUCCUUCCAACCUGGAAAAAUGAAUACACCUGUUUGGACAGGGAAACCUCUGUUCAACACAGUGCUUUUUUCCCUCUUUCUUUAGCAAUGCUAUCUACUAAAGUGAUGCCAGAAAGUGCUACCUGAAGCUGCAGUUGAUUUUGAUUGCGCUGGCACGGUGAAUGCGCACCCAGGAAGUUCUGAAUGUAGAGGACCUAAUUACUAUAUUAACAUGUAAAUAAGUUAACAGCUACAUGGAUUAACAAAAAUAUGAAUGUUCUGUGAAAAAGAGAGCAUUGCCAGAAAUGAUGUUGACUUCAUAUUGUGCAAGAUAAGGGUCACUGAUUGUUACACUGCGUUGUGGUAGGAAUCCAAUCCCAAAAGAAAAUCAAACCACUUGGGAUGGAACAGUAGUUAACAUUUUGCAGUUGUACAAACUAGUUGGAGAUAUGAACAGUUGUUUUCAGUUCCUUCAGCAAUUAGCUUCAGGAACUGAAGUUGUUGCAAAAUUUGUUGUGUUGGGCGUGUUUGAUGUCAACUGGAGUUAAAGGUAAUGUCCUUCAUUUCAGUGGGUUAUUUAGUUAUCCUCAAUUACUAUUUUGUCUGAUCAUUUCAUUUCUCUGAGUUUCUUUGGUCUUAACUGAUGUGAGAAAGGGAACUUGGUUUAGCUUUUUUGGCCAUCAGUAAAUUGAGAGAAGGAGAAAGAAGACUAGAAUAGGGGAUAGAAGAAGAAAUUGAUGAAGCACAAACUUUUAAAGCAGAGCUAUUUUUCCCCUUAAUAAUUAUACUGCAAACCCUGAGACUGUGAUGCGUAAUUAUCCUAGAAUAUACAGACAUCCUCUGCUCCAAUACCUUGAAUAUUGCAGAAGCAUUUGGAAUGAUAGCUAAUCUUUCAAUAAAUGUGAAAUUUCAUUUUUAUUAUUUAAAAUCAGAUAUAAAUAAAAUGUAUUUUUGUAAUUUCUAUGUAUAUAUUUGCUGUAUAUUUAUAUAAGUGACUAGUCUGCUAUAGUCAGAAAAUUUCCAUAAACUAAGUGGAAAAAGAAAAAAAAAGAAAGAACAAACCCCUGAUAAUUUUACUGAUCAGUAUAAACAUGCUAUGUCUGGAGUACACAAAUAUACAAUUGGUUGACUUGGAUACUAAACAACCAAAGAAACUCAAUUUUUCCCAUAAAUGCAAGUCUAUAAAGGCUGACUGCUGUCUCAGUUACCUGUCAGCCAGGUACUGCUGAUAUUAUCAGUGUAAUACAACACAGCCAAAUUGGGUUAAAUGAAUAGCUGGCUAAGAGCAUCACACUUUAAGAAUAACAACUGAAAAAUACUGGGCUAAACUCAGGCUACCACAGAAAGACAGGUUCUGGUUGGCUUCAGUGGGAAUUUCACUCACUGACAGCAGGGUUUAUUUUCUCUAUUGGGCUUUGUCUAUAAAAGCAAAUUUCACUAGAUCCCUCAAACAGAAUUCUGUUUAUUUUUCAGUCAGUUGGAUCACUGUAACAUGAGUGCAGACAUAAUGGAAGAGCAGCUGAUUUUAUUUAGCCUCACCUAGUUCACAGCUGCCUUGGGCUAACCUGGGAAGUGAAACCUACACCAGGUUGUGCCAGCCACAUUCUGCAUCAGCUUUAUUAUCAGUUUUUGAAUGAUUCUUCUACUAAGCCCAGUGAAAUUUUGCAAGGAAAUGGCUCCUUCUAAGCAAUGGGGGUGAAAUGUGCUGUGUAAUAAAUUUCUCUAGCCAGUUUUGCAGAGUUCUCCUGAAGCUGAAAUUGUGCGAGCAGCCAGGAUCCCAUGGAUGAGCACGCUGAAGCCAUAGAGGUGGGAAGGGAAAUGUAACAGUGUAUUCCCAAAAAAGUCACAGGAAGCAGGGCAUUCCAGUUUUAAACAGCAUCUUUUGGACACUUAACUCUGUUUGUAAGUCUGUUCCCAUUCUUAAAUUGUGGCAAUUUAGUAGUUCUAUUAAAAAUGUGCGAGGGUAAAGUCUCAUACAUUUUACACAAUCAUCUUGUAUCUUGCCACACUGGAAACUAAAAAUUUUGGAAAAUAUAGAGAUGUCCAGGGUUUGGAUGUCUGUAGAAAAUGGAAAACCCCUGAGCAAAAGCAUUUAAAUAGCCUUCUAGAAAGAAAAACCAUUUCAGUAUAGUUAAACAAAGUACUCUUCAUACUUCUGAUGAAGACCUGUUAGAGAUUCAAAAUUUAUUUUGUCUGGUAUUAUUAUGGAUGAUGUGCAGUCUACUGAAUAUUUCCUGAAUCAUCACUCUGAAACCAUUUUUGUGCACUUUAUUCAGAAAACCAUCUUACAUUCUUCAUUCAUGAUGCCUUUUUAUCCUGUUUGUAAUAUGUUUCUGUAAUUUUUUUUUUAAAUAUCAAGUCAGAUUAUAUCAAGACAGGACAUUGCUGGGAAAGAAAAAUCAUGCUGUAAUAUUUAUACUGUCUGAGCACAAAGCAAUGAUAAAGUGAAAAUAUAGUGUACAAAUAAUUUGUAAUAUAAUAAACAUUUUGUAUGGCUAUGAGUACAAUAUAGUUUUUCAAUACUGAUUUCAAAGAAGAAAGUAUUUGUGUUUAAAGUGAUAAUCUUGUCCAGAUAUAUCCAUACCAUUUUUACUGAGAAAAAAGUAGUAAUUUAGUUUUUUCUACUCAAUGCCCCAAUUUUCUUUAAAGAUAUGUUAAAUGUUAAGGUGAAAGUACUGUUUACUGUGCACACAAAAUCUUGAUGUUCUGACCACUGUCUGUCUUCAGAUUUGUAAAUCAUCAGUAGAAACAGUUGCAAACAAAACGACAAAAAAAUUCCUUCUUGGUUUGUGUGUCCUGACCACUUUCACUUGGAAAAACACUUGUGACAUUUAUUAGCAUCAGUAGAACAGUAAAAGGAUAAAAGGGAACUUGUUGGCAGUAAUUUCUUGACUUGUUGAGAGUCAUUUCUUGACAUAUAAUCUGUGUUGGAAACUCUAGCACUCAGUCUGGAAAUAUGAGUAAUAUUUUUAUGUCAUAAUACUGUGAGUAGAACUUGAUAGAGGUGCAUGCAAGCCCUGUAUAUAGAAAUGAGGGUAUUAUCUUAAGCUGUGAUAAUUUCUUUUUCAGACUCUCUUUGAAAGAGACACAUAAGAAGUGUGAGGUAAAAAUGAGAGGCAGGUAGAAAAUGCAACAUUGGGCUGAGUGACAGAAUUGUUUUGUUUAAGGGCUGAUAUGUACCAAGCUGACCACAGUUUCCAUUACAUUUGAAGAUGUCUGAUUGCUAAUGAAUUAAUGGCAUUUAAUCUAUUUUUUUAGCCCUGCAUUGCCAGUGUAAGAGCUGACUGCCAGCCUCUAGAAGUCAGAGGGAGCUUGAAAGCAGCAAGUUUUCUGAGCUCACUGCAUUUUGCUGCCCCUGUUCAUCCUGUGCACAUCCCAGCAGUUCCAAACUCUGUGUCCAACCAGUUUUUGUCCUGCUCUUGAAUUUCUUAUACACUAACAAAUCCCAGUGGCUUCCCAGCCCACACUGACAUGAAAUGGCAGAGGGACAGGGAUCUUGCAUGUUGCUCACACAUACUAGAAAAUGCAGCUUUCCCUUCACGGGUUAAUUUUUAACUCCAGGAAUGAGCAGCAGAUUUCUUUUUUUGUUUAUCAAAAGAAUUCAAAGUUUUUUAAAUUUUUUCUUCUCAUUUUUUAAGGAGAAGAAUACUCUCUGAGAAUGCUUUUUUUGAACUUUUGCCUUUCUCUCAGAAAUAAGUAAUGCAAAACUCAACUUGUGGAAAUGAGAUUUAUAUAUAGAUAGGUAAAGAAAUUGCCUACUGACUUGCUCUUUAAAAAUCUUUUAAGAUGACCAAGUCAUAAAGGCAAAGCUGGUCAAUACUGCAGAUCCUCUCCUGAGAAUAACUGCAUUGCACAAAGUGGUUUAGGUGCCGAUUUUAAAAAUAGUUGAAAUGCUCCCAAAUCAUAUAAUAUUUCAUGCUUUUAAAAUCGCUUUAAGACCAUAUUCUGAUGAAUAAGGUAUCAUAUUCAUGCGUAUCUAUAUAUCUGUGUGUCAAAAAAUAUUUAAAUAUUUUUUCAAAACUAGUUCUAUUUGUCCAUCAAUUUGUCCCCAUCCAUUUCAGGUUCCUUAAGGGGUAGAGAGGUAGUAAUGAAGAGAUAAAUCUCAGAGUUGUUCUGUUAUGAAGCUCAUGGAAGAGGAGAAAUGGGCUUUAAAUAGUUAGGUGGUCAAAUGUAUCAUUGAUGUGUUGAAAAUAAUUACAAGUGUCAUGAGGAGGUGUUUCAGGAGUUUGAUUUUCUUUUUCUUUUUUUUGAAUUUGUUAAAAAUAAUUCUUGUUUUAGGAAGUUUGACUUCAUGAAUUUUCCACACUCAAUUCAUAACCAAGGAGUAAGUUGUUACUAUAUUGCAGUCUGUAAAUAAUUUUGUAACUUUAGAAAUUCACAUUUAGCCACUGGGCAAUAAUGGGUGCAAAGGACUGUAAAUCACAAAGAAAGAUGAUUACACUGAGUGCAGUAUUUAGAGAGGAGGUGAAUUUCUCUUCCAGAGUAUUCCCUCUUCACUGGAGCCCAGAGCAUUUCUGUGCUGUGUAAACCAGCCCAAACACUGGGGCAUCAGUUAAGGUCUUGUGUAUCUGGUAAGGAGAUCUGGAUGUAAGUAAAACUGAAAUUUAUUCUUUAUCCUUGUCUUUAUCUCAUACUGUCCAUGCUGCAAUGAGGAAAAAACCUGAACACUUUUUUUGCAACAAACAAAUUUUAAUAUUUCCUUCUGUGACAAAUUGACUGGGAAGGCUUUUUCAUUUCAUCUUGCUGCUGACUUCUGCAAGCUGUAUUCAACGUCAUACUUGAUAGAAAAAAAAUGAGAGUAAAGCCAAGGAUUUUGGAAAAUAUGAUAGAACCCAUCUUGCUGAGGCUUAAAUUUUGAUGCAGGAUUUAGCAACCCAACAGAAACAGCUCAGGCCUAACAACAGGGCAGUUCUUUGAAUUCAUCAGAAAUCAUGUUUGUCCAGCACAGAUAUUCUUAUGCUUUUUGACUUUUUCUUUUCAUUUGAAGUCUUCCCUGCCAUUGCUGUGCAUUCUGAAUAUGAAUUUGACAUGUUGUACACUAAGAAGUGCACUGUUUACCUCGCUGAUAGCUGGUGUGACAGAAGCAGGAACCAACACAGGACAGAAUUUUUAAACAGCCAUGGCCCUGCAUGGCUUCAGCCCACGGUGUGCUUUGUGUGUUCUCCUUUUAGUGUUGAGGCAAACCACAGCUACAGGUAAAUUUUCUGCUGCAAGGUUUUGUUUACUGGCAAUUUUUUUGGGUUUUUUUUUUGUGUACUGGCAAAACACCUGCUCCCUUCAAGGAGAACAGGGCUGAGCAGUAACCCCCCCAAUAAAUUAGCCAUCACAAGUGUCUUAAAACUGUGCCAGGAGAGGAAGGAUGCUAUCUGGUUAUGGGUGGCUGGAAACUGGGAGAUGGGAGGUCAGUUUGCUGCUCUUCAGGAUUUUGGAUUUGUCCAAAAUGUGACUGUGCCUCAGUGUCCCAUGUGUAGGGCAGGGUGAAGGAACUGCCUCUCCUCACUGCUCUGCUGAAACUCACACCUGGACUGCAGUGGCUACUUUGAUAAGAAGCACCAUUUAUUACUUCAUGGAGCUUUGGGAAUUGUUCAGGACUAUAAAGUACCUAUUCCUAUGGUAGCAUUUCAAUAAAUGUGAAUUUACAAGGGAAAAUAAAAAACCUCUUGAAAAUAUUUCAGUAUGUUCUAGGAAGCCUUUCCAAUAACAACCUCUACACUUUUUUACAGAGAUUUACAGAAUUUAUAUCAAUAAACUGUCUCACUUCCCAGGCAACAGAUCUCACUUUCCAAGGAAAUGAACUUUUCUUACAUCUUUGAACGAUGGAAAGGACUAGCUCUGCAUGAUUACAAAAAUCCAUGUUAUCUUUGGUGUUCACAGCUUGAUUCAACUGAAUUGUAAUGGCUGUGUCUGUGAAACUUGCUAAAAAUUUAUGAGUAUUUCAGCUGUAAGUGGGAAAAUUAAUUUUCUGAAGCGGCAACAUUGAGAGCAAAUUUAAAGCUGAGUCUAGGGAUUAAAUCAAGAGAAUAAGAAAUAAUUAAAAUUUUAUACUAUGCAAUCAGAAGGAAAAUCUCCAAGACCUGUUACUUAAAACUACAUGCUGAUGGUAGAAUUUUACAUAUGACUGAAAAGGGGGGAUUUAAAAUGUUCUGGGCCAUUACCAAAUCCCUAUGUUUUUACUCUGAGCCAUAGGGUGAUUCUAGAAAUAAAGCUUAUGAGUACAUAGAAUAGUUCCUUUCAUGUUAGUGGCUAUAGCUUAGCUGAAGUUGUACAUGUGUUUUCCUUGGCAACUUUGCACAUGAAAUAAAAUAUGUCUUAAAAUCUGUGUUGCUACUUA